AUGGAAUCUCUCUUGAGAAACCUUAAAGAACGCGUCACAUGUCCGAUUUGUUUGGAUACCUACACCGAACCCAAGACAAUCACCUGUCUCCACACAUUUUGCUGCGAAUGCUUGAAGAGACACGCUCUGACAACUCAGCGAGAAGGAAAGUUUCGCUGCCCCGAGUGCCAGGCACAAGUUGGCGUCCCUGAACGCUUCGAUCAAUUACCGACCGGUUUUCUGCAGAAUAGUCUGUUAGGACUUCUCGCUGUUCAACAAAGUGGCGAUGGAAGUGAGAUCAGUUGUGGCAACUGUAGAAAAAAGAGUGUUGAGACAAGUUUCUGUUUCGACUGCGGAAAGUUCUUUUGCCCUGACUGUAUGAAUGCACAUGAACUACUCGGAAACACUGCUUUUGAAGGCCACAAAGUGAGACGAACCAAGCACUUUCAAGUUGAAGACUACGAAGCUUUAUUAAAACGUCAAUCGUUUUGCUCUCAACAGUAUCACGAGCGAGAGGUAACGAGGUUUUUUUGCCUCGAGUGUCAAACUUGCGUCUGUCAGGUUUGCGUGGUCACGGAUCACAGGAAUCAUGCUGUGGAUCCACUUGACAAAGCAGCUGAUCACGAAAAAGCUAAAAUUGUGGCAGGAACCGAGCUGAUGAAAGAAAAGCGAAAAAUUUGCGGUGACGUGUUCCGUGAAAUUGAGCAAACAAUUCGCAGUCUGGAUACUAACAUUUCCAUCGCCAAACGAGAAAUUUCCCAAGCAGUCGAGUUAAUCAUCGCGAAGACUCGAGAACGCGAGCGUGAGGCUCUUGAGACUCUCGAGAACAUGCGCACGUCAAAAACCGAGAAAUUGAAUACUGUGAAAACACAACUGCAGUCGCUGGGCAAGCAAAUCAACCAAGCAAUCGAGUUUGCAGAAAAUCUGGUUCAAAGAAGCUCAAGUUCAGAUAUCUUGCAAAGCAAGGAGUCGUUGGAAAGGCGAUUUGAAAAUCUUAGCCGCGAGAGCCCGAUUCCAACGCUUCCGGUUUCUUCAUUUGUGAAGUUUCUCUCCACUUUUGAACACGAAAAUGUGACCCUCGGUUUUACAGCAACCACUGAACCAGUCGUAGAAGGGUUAGAACAAGAGUUCCAAGCUGGUGUUGAAACAGCAUUAUUCGUUUAUCCAAAACUGACAAGAGAAGCAGGGCACAUUUCCCUUGAUGUUGACAUAAAACCCACCAACAAUAUUGCAAGUUUCCUGGUUUCUGAAAAAGAAGAGGGGACUUUCCAGGUCAGGUUCACACCUAAGGUGCCUGGAAGUUACAGCAUUCAAUUAGCUGUAAACAUUGGCACUCUCAGCCUGAAGACUUUCACUAGGAAUGUUCUAGUCAGGGAACGGCGACUUGAAGUUGUUGGAGAGUUGGAUUUGAAUGGAGAACUUCUUGCCCAUCCAAGAGGGAUUGCUGUGAACAGCGAAGGGCUGAUCGCUGUUACUGACUGCGAUGGUGAUUGUAUCUGGAUAUUCAAUAAGGAAGGAAAUUACCUACGAAAAAUUGGAGAUAAUAUUGAAUCAAUUGCCUUUCCAUCUGGCAUAACGUUUAUCAAUGACAGUGAGAUCCUAGUAACAGAGGAGUUAAAUUGUUCCAUUGAGCAGUUUAAUGUACACACUGGAAAGAAAGUGAAAUCUUUUGGCAGGAGAGGAGAAAAAGUGGGUGAGUUCCAAAAUCCAAUGGGUGUUUGUAUGGAUAGUCAAGGACGUAUUAUCAUAUCUGAUUUCAACAACAACAGAAUACAGGUUUUUACAAAAGAGUAUGAACCAUUAUUUAGAUUUGGGGCAGAAGGAGAUGGUCCACGAUCCCUCGAUGGUCCCUCUGCAUGUGUUUUUAGCCAAAAUACAUUCAUUGUUACUGAACCUCGGAACCACUGCUUAAAAAUCUUUGAUGGUACAGGGAACUUUCUUGGUAAGAUUGGAGACAAAGGUGAAGGUGACGGGCAGCUGAAUUGGCCCAGGGAUUUGUGCAUUGAAAAAAGUGGCAAUCAUAACAACAUUCUUGUGUGUGACUGCGAAAAUAAAAGGAUUGUACAAUUUACAGUGGAAGGUUCAUACACUGGAAAAACUGUCACCAAACUACAAAGUCCAACUGGUAUAGCUACAACUCCAGAUGGAAAGAUUUUAGUAUCCGAUUUAAAAGAGAAAAAAAUAUACAUGCUCAAGUAG